AUGACACAGAUCACCGAAAAGCCCGAAACAAAGCGCGUCGCCACAGCCGCCUGCACCGUCUCCUUCUCAAACGCCCGACCCUGGGAAAUCCUCCGCGAAGGCCAAACCACGCACAAAGGCGACGUCUUCAGCGUCGCCCGGAUCGCGGGUAUCAUGGCCGCCAAAAGAACGCCCGAUAUUGUGCCCCUUUGCCAUCCUGGCAUUGGUAUCACCGGAGUCGAGGUCAGCGUGGAACUCGUUGGGCCUGCGGGAGACAGGGAUCACGGCGCCAUGCAUGUCGUGGCGUCGGUCAGCUGCUUCGGUCGCACAGGCGUGGAAAUGGAGGCUAUGACGGCUACUAUGGGUGCGGCUUUGACGGUUUAUGAUAUGCUCAAGGCUGUGGAUAAGGGGAUGGUUAUUGAUUCUGUCCGAUUGUUGGAGAAACAGGGUGGGAAGAGUGGGCAUUGGGUACGGGAAUAG